AUGGCGUCCCUGGCCAUUUCCCCUGCGCCGCUCUGGAACCCCGCGCGAGAGCGCUUGCGCUUCCUGCCGCUUCUCGAGACUGAGCUCGAGGAAUUCCAUGGCCAGGAAGUGCAGCUCCUCGCAGAUGCACUGCGCCUGUUAAGUUCGUCUGCAACCCCGGCGCCGGUGCGGCGUGUCGUCGGGGACCUGGUCUACCAGCUCCGGCGUCGAUGCGGUGAGCAUCCUCUGGCCGCACUUCGCUGGGCGAGCUGCCUUCUGCACGUAUCCCGGUCAGCGUUAGUGGCGACUCUUGCGCUGGAGGUUCUGGAUGACGCUGUGGCGCAUACCUGGAUGCUGACGCCCCAGGAGCGGCAAGAGCUGAAAGCCCAGGUGGAGCCAAUGCUGAGUGAGUCGGCGUGGCGCCCCCGGUGCGGCGCGGUGCUGCGGGCACUGGGCGAGCAGGAGCACAUCGCUCGCCAUAGCCAAUCAGCUCCACUACCCCGCUGCAAGUCCCUGCCCAACGUGGAGAUCGAUCCAAAGCCCUCCCCGCAAUCGCCGAUGUCUGCAACCCAGAAGCUUCGGUCGCCGACGAGACAGGAGCGCGAAUACCUUCCAGCAGAUGCCCGCCGGAG